UGUUGCACCACCCUUUUACUCGCAUCACCACCACACACAUCCCACUUGGCUUUCCCGCCAUCGUCGCUGCCCACCAGCCACUAGCACCGUGGAGGAGAUGUCAUCAUCUUGCUUCUCAUAGCAUCAGGGGUGCCAAAGGGAUGACUGGGUUUCAUGAGAUGGAACUACAAGUUCGAGAGUAUGAGUUGGAUCAGUUUGGAGUUGUGAAUAAUGCUGUUUACGCUAAUUACUGUGAGAUUGGUUUGUAUCAAAUCUCCUACAUGCUUGAUUUAAUUAAUGAUGGCAUAGUAGUAGCAGUCAAAGAAGCAUCGUAUAAGUACAUCGCGCCUUUAAGGAAGAAAGAGAAGUUCUUGGUGAAAGCGAGGGUGUAUGACUAUUCGGCUACCCGGAUGUAUUUUGAAUUCUUUUUCUUAAAGCUUCCAAAUCAAGAGCCCAUUUUGGAGAGUAAAGUCACCGGAGUUGUACUUGAUAAGAGUUUCCGUCCAGCUCGUAUUCCUCCAGUAGUCUUAUCCAGAAUCAAUCAAUUGUGCUCAAGGGAAACAAAAGAGAUAAUUAGGCAACACUUGUUGUAGAUUCUUGUUUAUGAAUUUCUAUAUAUAAAGUGAAGUGGAACAAUCAAUGGACUCUUAUAUAUAAUAACGAAAUAGGAUUUGCU